GAUCACGACACGACAUAUUCUCAAUUCGUCAUAAUCCCCACUGUUAAGAACGGACAUAUAAUCUCGGAUCAAAACGUCCAAAAAUUUUCUGGAUGCCAUUUCACUUCAAAUAACUCCAAAAUGCUUAUCGAGUGUGAACGUGUGUGG